GGUGUCUCAUUCUCGUGAUGUCCCUCGCACCACACCGUAGUUCUCCCUCCCUCUCGAGGGAGGAAAGUUUGGACAACCGCAAGUGUUAAAUUCUCUUGCACCAAGGAUUUCGAUGACCUGCAAGAAACAUAACAAAGAAAAAGCCCUUCAAAAACACAACAACUCAUAUGUAAGAUGACACAUACAAAUGUGUCUGGAGCUGAAAAGAAAAUGGCUUCUCAGUGGACUCGUGCAAACAGUGCAGAGAAGGAGGUGCCCCACACUCGAAUUGAGGAUGAAUCCAACAUACAGAAAAUCUAUUCCUUUGGGAGGAAAUUAGGUCAAGGCAACUUUGGCGUCGUUUGUGAAGCCACUCACAUUGAGACGCAGAGGAAAUGGGCAAUUAAGAAGGUGAACAAAGAGAAGGCAGGCAGUUCCGGCGUGAAACAUCUGGAAAGAGAAGUCAGCAUCAUGAAAAAAGUGAAACAUGAACAUAUUAUACAUCUGGAGGAAGUCUUUGAGACACCAAAGAGGAUGUACCUUGUGACUGAACUUUGUGAAGGAGGCGAUCUAAAGGAUCUCCUGCAGAAGAACAAGCACUUUUCUGAGGAGGAGACCAGACACAUCAUCAAAAGCUUAUCUGAAGCUAUUGUAUAUCUGCACAAAAAAGACAUUGUUCAUCGUGACCUCAAACUGGAAAACAUUCUUGUGAAGAGUUGUCACCACGGCAACGAUAACGAUAUGGUCAAUAUCAAGGUCACAGAUUUCGGACUCUCUGUGCAGAAGGGCGGUGUGGGCAGUGAAAACAUGCUGCAGGCCACUUGUGGGACACCUAUGUACAUGGCACCUGAGGUGAUUAAUGGUCACGAAUACAGCCAACAGUGUGACUUGUGGAGCAUCGGCGUCAUCAUGUACAUGCUGUUGUGUGGAGAGCCUCCAUUCAUAUACAGCUCUAAGGAAAGGCUUUCUGAGAUGAUUAUGAAAGGAGAGCUCACUUUCCCUGGCCCUGUGUGGCACACCAUUAGUGAUGCAGCCAAAAAUGUAAUACGGUGUUUGUUAAAAGUUGACCCAGCUCACCGCAUCACAGCCAAUGAGCUGCUAGAUAACCCUUGGAUUUCGGGGGACACCUCAACCACUGUUACACAAACAAACGUCUUAGUGAUGAUGCGUGAUGCGCUCCGGAAUGCUCCAAAGGACGAAGAGAGUGUGGAGAUGAACGAGGCACUGCACAGCUUCUCUCUCACUUCCUCUCAGGAUAAAGGGUCAGGGCAGAGUACUUCUGAAGAACUCUCAGUAACCCCAGCACCUCUUGAUGACAUCACAGACAGCAGCAGUAGCAGCAAACCCUCCACCCCAAACAAGAAGCCUCUGAAGAAAAAACUAUCAGCCUCAUCCUCUAAUGGUGUUAAGAAGAGUGCGUCUGGUGCAAAGGCCUGCAGCACCAAUACAUCCACUGCACAGGUAACAAACCCCCUGCUCAGCCAAGCACAAAAAGCUACAGCAAGGCCUCCUCCAUCUCGGGAUCCUGUCUCAAAACAUCAUCGGCAGAAGCAGCCGCUGCAGCAUCCAACUCAAGCAAGCGCGAAAGCUUGUCCCCACGUCCCUCCACCUCUUCUAUCCACCGUUCCACCAAUCCGGCUUUUGGCUUCCGGGCUAAAAAACGCAGCUAGACCUCGCGGAUUCAUCCAGUGCCAAAGAUGAGGAAGUCCUGGGGGUCACUGUGGCGUAGAGGGCCCGCCGGAUACACAAAUGACUCUUUAAGCCAAACCAGUGAAUCAAAAGUAAAACUACUUCCUCCAAUGUGAAUGCAUUUUUAGUCUUCUUAGUAGGAUGUAUUUUAAUAGUUAUUUUGCCCUUUGUAUGAGUUAGACAGAGGCCUUUUCUUUUGAGGAUGAGCUGCUAGGUUUUUCGGGGGGUUGGUUGCUGCUUUAUUUUUAUGGACCUGGAACAGAUGAACUCAUCACUGGAAGAGCCCUGCAUGGCACGAGAUCGAUUUGCCUGUUCAUGGCAAGGCGCAUAAGUCAUUUUGAAGCACAUUGAAAUGCUAUUAGGGAAUGAAUUCUCUAUAGAGAAUAAAGGAAGUUCAGAACUGUGAAGAAUAUAACAGGGUUUAAUAGCUUUAGCUCUAUGUUUUGCAAUGGUAAUUAGGCAAUAACGGUAAUUUUAUGCAAUAUUCAAAAGGAACAUGGUAUUUACCACUUUCAAACUAAAGCAAAUGCCACAACAGUACAUGUAACAGCUAUCCUGAUGGACUUCAGGUAUUCUGUCUAUUCAUUUUAUGAAGAUCUGUUGUUUCCUCUGAUGUUGUGUUGAUAACACCGCUCACCAUUUGCCAAAUCACAUCAGGUAGCUGUUGUAUAUGAAUAGUUCUUUUUUGUUAUCCAUUAAAAUGAAACCAUCCAACAGUAA